GCCGUGGCAGUUGAGAUGGAGCGGGAGAGGAUCGAUAUUUAUACCCUGAAAGAAAAGCGAAGAAUCCUGGGAGUCGCGUCAAGCAUCGAUGCCUUAUAUGCCCUGCCCCCCAGGGGACCUCUGGAGCUGCCCCUCUCUGUCCUGGAGGUUGGAUGUGCUGGCCAUUUUGAACUCAUCACCCAAGAGGAGGGCCCUCAAGGAGAUGGAUUUCCGCUGACCACGCUGCCCCACAGUUUGCCUCCUCAUGCUGAGGAUCUGGCCUCUGAAUUGGAGCAGCACUUUCUCAACAGCCCGGAGUGGCUUCCCAUCCACCACUUCGAAAGGUCCCACAGAUUUUGGCCCCGCGAACGAGACAUCCAGUCGCUCUUCAAGGUAGAUGUCACUCCUGUACACUCCACACUUCAGGCUGAGCGCAACCCUACCACAGGAGAGCUUCUGGGUUUCAAAGAGGCACUUGUGGACAAUAUGGGCUUAUCGGCCAAGAAUUCCCUUUCCUUCCAGCGAGCGCCUGGGCCCCCGGCGGAGGCUCUGCGAGGCAGUGCCACCAAUUAUCCCUUCUGGCCAGGUGGGAUGGAUGAACCCAGCCUGGAGCAGAUCAAGGCUCACGAAGACCUGGAAGAGGACAUCGAUUUUGAGAAAGAUUUGCUGACAGUGCCACCUGGCUGGAAGAAGGGGGUGGAGUUCACCAAGCAAGAACUCAAGGCCUCCCCGGGGCUGCUGAACCUGACUAACUUGCUGGGGGCACUGGACACCUUUGAGCUGGGAGCCUCCAGCGACGAAGAAGGCAAGGAGAAGGCGGAGGAGGCGGAGAAGAGGAGGAAGAAAGGGAAGGGCAAAAGGGCAAAGGAAGAAGAAAUGCCCCCGGCGGAACCAGCGCCGCUCCAGAGGGCAAACAGCCUGGAGGAACUGGUGCUUAAGGAGGUGACUCCCACCCCCAAAUCACCUCCACAGGCUGCCCCAGCACCAGCUGCUGAACCCCCCAAAGAGCAGUGGGCCAUCCCAGUAGAUAUCAGUGCCCCCGUGGAUGAUUUCUACAAGCGAAUUCCUGACCCGGCUUUCAAGUGGCCUUUUGAGCCCGACGUUUUCCAGAAGCAGGCGAUUCUCCACCUAGAGAAGCACGAUUCUGUAUUCGUCGCUGCCCACACCUCUGCCGGAAAGACUGCGGUGGCCGAAUAUGCCAUUGCUCUGUCGCAGAAGCACAUGACGCGCACCAUAUACACUUCCCCGAUCAAAGCUCUUUCCAACCAGAAGUUUCGGGAUUUCAAGAACACCUUUGGAGAUGUGGGGUUGUUGACAGGGGACGUUCAGCUGCAUCCAGAUGCCUCCUGCCUCAUCAUGACCACAGAGAUCCUUCGGUCUAUGCUCUAUAACGGCUCGGAUGUUCUCAGAGACUUGGAAUGGGUGAUCUUUGAUGAGGUGCACUACAUUAAUGACUCUGAGCGUGGUGUGGUGUGGGAAGAGGUCCUCAUCAUGCUGCCGGACCACGUGAACAUAAUCUUGCUGAGUGCCACCGUCCCCAACACCCUGGAGUUUGCUGACUGGAUCGGGAGGAUCAAGAGGAAGAAAAUCUACGUGAUCAGCACUCUGAAACGCCCCGUUCCGUUGGAGCAUUACCUGUACACGGGCAACAGCCAGAAAACCCAGAAUGAGCUCUUCCUCCUGGUCGACGCCCGUGGGACGUUUCUUACCAAAGGGUAUUAUGAUGCCAUGGACGCCAAGAAGGAACGGGCUAGCAAACACUCGCAGACUUUUGGGGCCAAACAGCCCAUGCAUCUAGGAGGCGGGCCGGGACAGGACAAGAACAUCUGGCUGUCCCUCAUCGACAUGCUGCGCAAGAAGGACCACCUGCCCGUGGUCGCUUUCACCUUCUCUCGCAACCGCUGCGACGACAACGCCUCCAUGCUCACCACCGUCGACCUGACCACAACCACCGAGAAGAGCGAGAUCCACAUCUUCUUCCAGAAGUGCAUCUCCCGCCUCAAGGGCACGGACCGCCAGCUGCCUCAGGUUCUACACAUGGUGGACCUCCUGAAACGUGGCAUAGGGGUGCAUCACAGUGGCAUCCUGCCCAUCCUCAAGGAGGUGGUGGAGAUGCUGUUCAGCAAGGGCCUUGUCAAGAUCCUCUUUGCUACGGAAACAUUUGCCAUGGGGGUGAACAUGCCAGCAAGGACCGUGGUCUUUGAUUCGAUCCGUAAACACGACGGCGCGAACUUCCGGGAUCUGGUGCCAGCUGAGUACAUCCAGAUGGCAGGCCGGGCCGGGCGCCGAGGUCUUGAUACUACUGGGAUGGUGAUCAUCCUGUGCAAAAACCAAGUGCCUGAGAUGGCUGAUCUUCACCGGAUGAUGCUGGGUAAACCAACUCAGCUGCAGUCUCAGUUCCGCCUGACCUACACCAUGAUCCUCAACCUGCUGAGAGUGGAAGCACUGCGAGUGGAAGACAUGAUGAAGAGGAGCUUCUCCGAGUUCCACACCCGGAAAGACAGCAAGGUCUACGAACACAGGAUCACCCAGCUCAGCCACCUCUUGGCCAGCAUGGAAGCAGCGGAUGUGUCGGGACAGCUUGGCGACUUACAGGAGUAUUACCGCCUGGUCCGAGAGCUGCAGGAGUCCCGGGCACUCAUCCAGAGGCGAGUCAUGGAAUCGGUGAACGGACUGAAGGCCCUUUCUGUGGGGCGAGUGAUUGUUGUGAAAAACCAGGAGCACCGGAAUGCCCUGGGGGUGAUCUUGCAGGUUUCUUCUGACACGGCCAACCGAGCCUUCAGCAGCCUGGUGAUGUGCGAGAAGAGCGCCACGGAGCGGGAUUUGGCUACGAGCAAGGAGACCGGUCUGCCCUCCCCUCCGGAAGCGCCUCUUCCUGACGACCUCCUGCGUACCAAGCUCUUCCUUCCUGAGGGCCCCUGUGGACAUACCAUAAAGAAGCUGGGCCCGUCCGACGUUUCGGGUAUCACAACCAAAACCCUGCGCGUCAAUGCUGAGCGUAUCCUGGAGGAUUUCAAGAAGCGACAGAUGCCCAGGUUCAGGAACGACCCUCCUGGGCCGUCCGCAGCCACGGCAACCCAGGAGCUGCUGCGUCUGGCCGAGGGCUCUCCGGAAGGCCUCCCGCUCCUGGAUCCCGUGAACGACCUCCAGCUGAAGAACCUGGAAGUGGUGGAGGGCGUGGUCAGGACCCGUUGCCUGGAGGAGGCGCUGCCGGGCUUCCAGUGUGUGCACAGCCCCCGCUUCCACACGGAGUUUGUGCGCUUCCAAGAGCGCCAACGGGUGCUGGAGCAGUUGGAGCAGCUGCGCUUCCUGCUCUCCGACCAGUCCCUCCAGCUGCUGCCCGAGUACCACCAGCGCGUCCAGGUCCUGCGCUCCCUGGGCUACAUCAACGAGGGCGGGGCCGUGGAGCUGAAAGGCAGCGUGGCCCGCCAGAUCAGCAACCACGAGCUGCUCCUGACCCAACUGCUCCUGGAUAACGCCCUGACGGACCUGCGGCCGGAGGAGAUUGUGGCCUUGCUGAGCUGCACCGUCUGCCAGGUCCGGACCCAGGUGGAGCCUCAGCUGCCCUCGGUCCUUCAGAAGGGCAUCGAGCACAUCCGGUCAGUGGCCGAGGAAAUCGCCCUGCUGCAACGCAAGUGCGGCCUGCGGGAGUCGGUGGAGGACUUCGUGGAGCAGUACAAGUUUGGACUGGUGGAGGUGGUUUACGAAUGGGCCCGGGGCAUGCCGUUUGCCGACAUCGCCCGCCUGACGGACGUGCAGGAAGGGAUCAUUGUCCGCUGCAUCCAGCGCCUGGACGAGACCUGUCGCGAGAUGCGCAACGCGGCCCGGGUCACCGGGGAGCCCACGCUGCACGCCAAGAUGGAGGCUGCCUCCAACAUGAUCAAGAGAGACAUUGUCUUUGCUGCCAGCCUCUAUACCCAAUGAGAGGGCAGGGGGCUGCCUUCAGCUCCUCUCGUCUCCCCAGAAGAAGGUCCGCCUGUCUCUCUCUCUCUCUCUCUCUCUGAUACUUCACCUCUGAGAGGUUGUGACACGUCUUGCAGGUAUAAACAAUAAAAGAUGCGUUUGUGUCCACCGG